AUGGGGAUGUACCAAAGCUCCCAGAACGGGAGUGAGAGCGCUUUGGCUGCUGCAGAACUGAUUGACCAAACCUCAGGUCCUCAGAGGCCAAAGAUGCAGAUCUUCCUCCUGGUGACAGUGGUGGCAGGAGCGCUGAGGCAGAGCCAGUGCUGCAAUCCCAACCCACAAGGUAUUAAUUUGGCCAGGGAUGGACAGGUCGUUCAGAGCUCUCUCUAUAACGGAAACAGUCACCCCGAGAAAGCCGUUGAUGGCAAUAGAUAUGGGGAUUUUUCUAGAGGCUCCUGCAUUCACACUGGUGUAGAGGCAAAUCCCUGGUGGAGACUGGAAUUCAGGAAACUCUAUAAGAUUGGAACCAUUAUUGUGGCAAACCGUCAAGAUUGCUGCGCUUUCCAGCUUGUGGGGGCUGAGGUCCGUGUUGGGAACUCUCUAGACAACAACAAUCCUGUCUGUGGCGUCAUCACCGAUGCUGAUCACAUCACCACGCUGUGCUGUAACGGGAUGGAAGGUCGCUACGUCAGCGUAGUCAUUCCUGGUGUACAGAGGGUCCUGCACGUGUGUGAGGUGGAGGUCUAUGAGCAGGAUCAGGAAUCCAAUUAUGUCUGCUGGUAGACAGAGGCUAUUACACCCAUAUACCCUGCAGCAUUCCCCGCUGAUUUGCUGCUAUAAAGACGGACUGGUCAGAUGGAGCCGGGGGCGUGUCUUGUCUAUAGAGGGACUGUAGA